UUUCUUUACUUGUAAAGGUUUCGUCGGGGGGAGAGAUAUUAUAUCUACUCUAGUCGCCGUCUUAAAUCGACGAAGCAGAGGAGGAGAAGACAUGUCUGGGAGGUUGUUGAAGCAGGUGCUCAAGGAACAUGAAGAAUCGAAGCACCAGAAUCAUCACGAUGAAGAAGAAGAAGAAGAGGAUCUUGGUGGGCGUUCUUCUUCGAUUAAUCCUUUCGAUCUCUUGAACGAAGAAGGCGAUGAAGAUCCUGAAUUCAAAAAGGAGACAGAGAUAGAUGAAGAGGAGAAGAAGGACGAAAAUGCUGAUGAUAACGUGCAGCCACCUUCAAAGAACAAGUCGAAGAAGAAGAAGAAGAAAAAGAAGAAAAGCAAAGAAAGUCGUUCCAACGUCGUGGUGGUGAAGCCUGAAAUCACUUUAGCAGCACUCUCUCUGGAUGCCAACUCUAAGCAAGAAGAAGAGGCUCAGGAAACAACAAAACCUGCUGCGUCUUCACGACCAGUGUUGGAGAUAGAUCCCAAGUAUCUGAAUCUUGAAAACGAGUUGAGGAGAAUGUAUGGUUCAAAGGUUGUUAGAUCGCUUGAGAGUAGCAGCAGUCAAGGUGGUGGUAGAGGGGGAAGACGUGGUGGAGUCCAUCACAUCACAAAGACGGUUCUGAUCACUCCGAUGGAGAAUUGGGCUCGCUGGGACCGUUCUUUCUCCAUGGAGUUUCUCGAGACCAAAGACGGUUACAACUACUUCAGAUACAUCCAUUCAUCCUCAUACGAGCAAGCUCAGAGAUCCUUCCAAGCCGCGCAGAAUCUCCACGAUCUCAACGGUGUAGCUAGCGUCCUUAUCAACCACCCUUACCACAUCGACUCCCUCAUAACCAUGGCAGACUACUUCAAGUUCGCUGGCGACCAUCAGAUGGCUGCUGACGCCAUCGGGAAAUGCUUGUACGGUCUGGAGCGUGCGUGGCACCCUAUGUUCACUCCUUUCAACGGUAACUGCCGGUUGAAGUUCACUCACGACACGAACAAGCCCUUCUUCACCACGCUGUUCUCUCACAUGAGGAACAUGGACAGGCGCGGCUGUCAUAGAUCAGCGUUGGAGGUUUGCAAGCUGCUGCUUUCGCUUGACACAGACAAUCCUGUUGGUGCGUUGUUCUGCGUUGACUAUUUCGCUCUGAGAGCAGAGGAGUACGCGUGGCUGGAGGAGUUCUCUGAGGAGUAUCAUAGCGAGAACUCCUUGUGGCUGUUACCCAACUUCUCUUACUCGCUUGCUAUAGCCAGGGUUUACCUCGAGAAGAAGACGGAGUCUCCGUCUUCUUCUUUAGAUACUUCGAAGUCGAGCUCUUUGGAUCUCAUGAUGCAGGCUUUGAAGCUUCACCCGACAGUGCUCAAGAAGCUUGUGGACAAGGUGCCUUUGAAAGACCAGGCGUGGGCGAAGAUGCUUAAACACUAUUACUUCAGAUCUGACCAGUCGAAGAACCCUUCCUUGGAUCAUCUUAUCAGCAUAUACGUGGAGAGGAACUACCUUAUAUGGAGGCUUCCAGAUGUUCAGAAGCUGCUAAGGAGUGCUGCUGAGUUACUCAUUAAGUCGCUGGAUGAGAAGGAAAGCGACGCGGAGGACUUCUUGAGGGUGAAGGAAGAAGCUUUCCCUGCUAAGCAUAACGAGUACUCUCAUUUAUCAAUACAUGAUUUCUCUGAUUCGGUGCCGACUCUGCCUCCAGACAACUUACAGAACUUUGUGGCUGAUCCGAGAAUGGGAGGAGGAGGAGAGCAAGUAGUGGCUGCAGGAAGAGGAGGGCACCACCAGCAAGCACCACCACCGCCGGUACGUGAUGUGGCGAACAGGAAUCCAUUGGCUGUGUUUUUAGAGUCGAUGCUUCCUUGGGUUAAUCUUGGAGAGGGAGAUGAUGUUGAUGAUGCUGAUCACCAACCAGACAACAAUGGCUAAGUUUUGUUAUAUGCUGAUAGAUGAGAAGAGAGAUACACUUUUGUUGUACAUUUGCCAUUAUGAUUGGUUUAUUAGUCUUUUAAGCAUGUCAUAAUUUCAUGUUUCUUACUACUCUCCUAAGAUUUGAUACUGAUAAAAAUCUUGAGUCAUUUUGAUUUUUUU